CAUUCCACUUCCACUUCUCUUAACGGUGCAAUUCAUUAUUUACUGCCCUCGUCGGGCAGCCCGUUUUUCAGAAAGGUAGUGGGCCCACUGACUAUCCAUUUUACAAUAUUACCCCUGUCCUCUUCCCUUUCACUUAUUUAACUUCUCAUUCCUCUGCGUCCCGCCUCAAACAUAUUACAAGCUUUCAAUUCAACAGCCAUGGCUACCGCUCUUCUUCGUUCCACUGUUUUCUUCUUCGUUUACUUUCUGCUGAUUUUUAACAUCGCCGAUUCGCAAUCGUUCAUCGGAAUCAAUUACGGUGAAGUCGCCGAUAACCUUCCUCCGCCAUCAGCGACGGCGAAGCUGCUUCAAUCCACUUCAAUCGAGAAAGUUCGACUAUAUGGUGCGGAUCCGGCAAUCAUCAAAGCCCUAGCAAACACAGGGAUCGGAAUUGUAAUCGGCGCUGCGAACGGUGACAUUCCAGCCCUAGCAUCCGACCCGAAUUUCGCCAAAAAUUGGGUUAACGCCAAUGUAGCCCCCUUCUCUCCAGCGAGCAAAAUCAUCCUCAUCACGGUCGGGAACGAGGUGAUAACCUCCAAUGAUCAAAAUCUAAUGAAUCAGCUCGUGCCGGCAAUUCAGAACCUUCAUAACGCUCUCAAUUCGAUGUCUCUGGGUGAUAUUAAGGUUUCCACUGUGCAUUCCAUGGCGGUGCUCCGCCAGUCAGAGCCGCCGUCGUCGGCGCUCUUCCACCCGAACUAUAUGAGCGUGUUGAAGGAGCUAUUGGAGUUCAACAAUGCCACUGGAUCCCCAUUCACUAUUAACCCAUACCCAUACUUCGCCUACCGGAGCGAUCCGCGGCCGGAGACUUUGGCCUUCUGUCUUUUCCAGCCCAACGCCGGCCGCCUCGACACGAACACCAAUAUCAAAUACAUGAACAUGUUCGACGCUCAGGUGGAUGCCAUAAGAUCUGCGUUGAACUCCAUGGGAUUCAAGAACGUAGAGAUUGUGGUUGCGGAGACUGGCUGGCCGUACAAAGGCGACGGCAACGAGGUUGGUCCGAGUGUCGAGAAUGCGAAGGCAUUCAACGGUAAUCUCAUCGCGCACCUACGAUCCAUGGUUGGGACGCCAUUGAUGCCGGGAAAAUCAGUGGAUACAUAUCUGUUUGCGCUGUACGACGAAGAUUUGAAGCCUGGGCCUGGUUCUGAGAGAGCUUUCGGCCUGUUCAAGCCUGAUCUUACCAUGACUUACGACAUUGGUCUUUUGAAACAUGGCCAGAACACUCCAGCUGCUCCUAAAACACCUGUGACGACGCCAUCGUCCCCAGCAAAUCCAUCAGCAAAAGCACCAAAGGCAGGAGGAGGCUUAUGGUGCGUGCCUAAGGGCGGCGUAUCAAACGCCCAGCUUCAAGCCAACUUGGACUACGCCUGCGGCAGAGGGAUCGAUUGCAGCGCCAUUCAAACCGGCGGCGCCUGUUUCGAGCCAAACACCAUCGUCGCACACGCCACCUACGCCAUGAACCUCUUCUACCAGACCGCCGGUCGAUAUCCAUGGACCUGUGACUUCUCCCAGUCUGCCACUCUUUCCUCCAACAAUCCAAGCUACAAUGGCUGCAAUUAUCCUGGUGGGAGCACGUGAUGCAACGAGAAUAACGGGAUUAUUAUGAAUAUCCAUAUUCCAAUUUCCAGCUCAUUAAAUAUGUAUAUUUUCUUAUGGUUUUGAAUUUUUCAAAUAAUUAUGUAUAUUUUCCGUUGUAAA